UUUGGCGUCAGUUUUAGUAUUGAGUCCAAUAACGAGCAUUUUCGUCAUAUUUUACUUUCUUAUUUCCGCAAAGGAAAAAACGCAGCGCAGGCUGCUAAAAAGUUACGUGACGUAUAUGGCGAGGAAGCCAUAAAAGAAAGACCGUGCCGCAAUUGGUUUGAUAUGUUCCGUUCUGGAGAUUUUUCACUCAAAGAUGAGCAACGUUUAGGUCGGCCAUUGCAAGCUGAUGAUGACCAAAUCAAAGCCAUAAUCAAGUUGGAUCGUCAUUUAUCUGAGCGGGAGAUUGGAGAGAAGUUGAAAAUACCAAAAUCAACAAUCCACGAUCAUAUAAAACGUCUUGGAUUCGUUAAAAAGCUUGAUAUUUGGGUACCACAUGAAUUGAAAGAAAUUCAUUUAACAAAGCGUAUCAAUGCUUGCGAUUCUCAUCUCAAACGCAAUGAAUUCGAUCCUUUUUUGAAGCGAAUAAUUACUGGUGAUAAAAAAUAG